AUGCCAACACCACCUCCAGACUUGCCGUAUCAGGAAGUUGGCUGUAAUUUGUUCGACUUCCAGAACAGGAAAUAUCUCGUACUGGUAGACUACUUUUCGAGGUACAUAGACACUGUCGAGCUCAACUCACUUACCACACCAGCAACCAUCACUGCUGUGAAAGCCAUCUUCAGCAGCCACAGCAUCCCCACAAAGUUGCGGUCAGAUAAUGGCCCACAGUUUGACUCUCGUGAGUUCAAGGACUUCUGUAAGUCAUAUGGAAUCCAACAUGUCACCUCCAGUCCCCAUUUUCAAAGUUCCAAUGGGGAGGCUGAACGAGCUGUUCAGACAGAGAAGAAGCUAUUGAAGAAGUUUGAAGACAAACACCUUGCUCCUUUAGACUACAGAACGACGCCAUUUGAAGGUAUCAACUUGUCUCCCACUCAGCUACUCAUGAGCAGGCGUCCACGCAAUACACUGCCAGCCGCUCAAGAACUUCUUGUGCCAAGACCCUUAGUCAACAUGAAGGCAAGCCCCACCUCACUUGAGAAACAGAAGCAGACGUAUUACUACAAUCACAAGAAAAGUGACAACGAGCUUCGAAGCUCAAAACCAGGCGACAUUGUAAGAAUGUAUCCACUAGGUAACAACAAGACCUGGACAACAGCCAUCGUCAACAGACACCACGAAAGUCCUAGGUCUUACUAUGUUACAUGUGACAAUGGUACCUACUGCCUUAACCGAAAGCAUAUGAGAAAGGUUACCGAGUCACACUAUCAACGGACAGCACCUGAGACAGAUAGGAAGGCACCCAAAGAUCACCAGCAGAGUUACAUUCCCCCCCAGGUGUAUGUUCCACCUUCAACUCCACCACCAAGUGACCAGCCCAAAACUACCAGGAGUGGAAGGCGCAUCAUUCCACCCAAAAAGUUGGAUUUGAUAAUACCAUAUCCAGUUGAACUCUCAGUUAUCAUUACUAGGUAG